GUCAAUUGUCCUAGCGAAUCUAGUUACUUUCUUGCUGAUCAUCCACACAUCCCUCGAAUCACGGAUCCAAUUAUUGAAGUGGCUGAUGAGAGCCUUGCCAUUACAAGUAACACACAACGAUUCUCUGGAUACACUCCUACUCAUUGCUCCGCAAGCCCACCUGCAACAGCCGCAAAUACCAGCAAUAUCUGUCCUGGAAAAUCUGACAUAUCGAAAUGGGGUGCUGGAAAAAGACCGAAGAGUAGAGAGGUAGGGGCAUCAGAUGGGAAUGACAUGAAAGAAGAUGAUGCAACUUCUGCACUUUCUUCUAGUUAUCCCAGUGAGCAAAUAUUUGACGACUAUAGCGAUGCUUCACGUUCCCAAAUGAAUCAUGACGGUCACAAUUUUCUACUGACAGUCCCGUUUGCCCCAGGUUCUUUGGAGUCAUUAGCACCGAUUAUUCCAGCUCCAUCGCCGCUAUCUCCUCUAUUUUACACCAAUAAGGCAGGUCUGGAGGAUCCAAAACAAGAUAAUUAUGAAUCAACUCCACAGACGAAACUUUGGGAUUUGCCAGGCCACAAAGAGACUAGCAUGACAGGCGAAGCUUUAAAAGCAAGCAAGAUGAUUCAAUUUCCCAAUGACAACUUUUGA